AUGCAUCGCGGCCUUACUAAACGAGCAGUACUUCAGGAGAAGGGAGUGGCUGACAGCCUCGAUCAAAUACUGGGAGACUUUGACAGUGCUGUGAAGCAACACGGUGUGAAGGCUGAGUGCCUCAUGCUGGGUAACAUCAAGAAGGAUUUCGUGGAGGAGAUAGAAAGCAUGGUGGAGGCUGAGAUGAAGGCACACUCAAUCCAGCAUCUGAAAGCCAGCGAAUUCCCUCGUCUCCAAUGUUUGGAGAUUCCGUUGGGUCACACAGUGUACCUUGAAGAGACCCAGGACCCCACAGAACAAAACAGUGUGCUGGAGACAUAUUUCCAGUGCUCUUCGAAUAACAUUCGGGAACGAGUUCUGCUGGACCUGUUGGAGUCUGUCAUGGAGGAGCCACUCUUCGAUACACUACGGACGAAGCAACAACUCGGAUACAGUGUUUUCUGUGGCGUUAGGCUCACUGGAGGGGUCCUCGGCUACGUGGUGGUCGUGCAGUCGGCAGUUGCAGGCCCGGCAACUCUGUGGGAGAGAGUUGAUGAGUUCUUGCGGGACUUCAGGAAGUCGGUAUUGGUGGACAUGAGCGAGGAAACCUUCGCCUCACAUGUUGUGUCCUUGGCACGGAGUAAGUUGGAGCCGCCACGCACCUUGACGGAAGAGGCCACGACUAUGUGGUGUGAGGUCCAGGAGAGUCGAUACAACUGGAACGGUUGCAUCGAGGAGACCAAGGAGCUCGCUGGCAUGAAGAAGCAGGACUUGAUCGACUUGUAUGACGAGUUCUUCUCGGAGGAGAAUCGCAGGAGAAUAUUCAGCGUAGCGCUCGUCGGCUCAGGCUCUAAAUACAGUUAUGAUGCUGAAAAGAAGAGCUUCCAGUCCAUGAAGGGCGUUGCCUUGGCUGACUCCGUUCAAGAGUUUAGAGCCAGCUCCCAUUAUCUUGAGAACCCUAGCUAUCGAGGACAGUGAAUCGGAAAGGGUUAGUUUCUGUGUUACCGGAA